CCUGGCUCACAUUAUCAACUAAUUCAUAUUCAUUACCAGUACAUAUCUCUGUAAAAAUAUCAUUUGAGCAACCUUUGCUCACAUUACACAGUGACUCAUUUACAUCACAAUAAUUAUCAACAAUUUUCUCUCCUUCCCCCACCUCAGGGAUUACACUCACCUCAUCAACCUCACACAAAAAAUCAGACACUUCAACUUCAGGACUUACAUUAUCUAAUAGUCAAGCGCGGGAAAAGCGUUCAACAACUAAUGAACAUAAUAUUGAGUCGCAACAAUUACUAAUGAACGCUCAUACUCGACAUCGGGUUCGGGAUCCCAUCAUGAUCCUUAUUGGUGCCAUCGGAAAACGGGAAAAACGAAAGGUUUACCUAAGUUAUUUUAAUUGUUUUUAAUAGGAGAGAAAUUAUUAUUAUUUUUACUAUAGUGUUGUUUUGUUGUUAACAUUUCCUUUAAUAACAAUGUGAACUAAAAGGAUGUAGCAGAUGGUUUUGUCUGAAUGCAGCCCCGGGCAGCUCCGGUUAUAGUUGAUAGUAAAGUUAUAAAAUAAAUACAUCUUAUUUUAACAAGAUUCAUCCAAAUUGGGCAACUUUUAUAAAGUAUCUUUAAAGACAGAGUUAUCCUUGAUUUACCACAAUGGCUCCGUAAAACACGAAAGAUUCAUAAAAAUGUACUUUUUUUAUCUUGUAAAAUUUGUUAAAUUGUUGUUGUAUUCCAAAAAAAAGAUGGUAUAUAACUUUUAAAAUACUUUUUAUAAAGAAUUAACAUGGGUUUACACGGGGAAAAUAAGAGAUUCAAACAGAAAUAAUAUACGCACCUGAACUGCACUUUUACCAAAACAUUUCCGUUUCCAGUUCAUGACCGACUCUAUCACAAUUUUUUUUACUGAUAUUUACUACACUGUCUAUACCGGUACUAUUUUAUUUAUUUUCAGAGAUUAGAGAUAACUAAUAACUGUGUGUGGGUGAAGUGUGUCACUGUCUGUAGACUGUAGUGAAAUAUAUAUUUCUUAAAGCUGACAUGGCAAUUAUUGCACAUAUAUAAUUAAGACUCGAGUCCAAGUUAUAGGUGACCAGACGAAGUUACCAGAUAGACUGAAGUGAAGUUGAAGUAACCAACAUUCAGUGUGACAAGGACAAUAUUAAUUAAACUGCUACACUACUACUACUGCAUAUAAACUGUGACAAAAUAUACUAAACGUUUUGCUGUUUUGGGGCCGUCCAUUAAUUAUGUCAACAAUUUUUAAGCAAUUUUUGGCCCCCCUUGUCAACAACUGUAAAACUUAAGUGACCUCCCUAAGUCCUAAGUAAUCAUGUCAACAUUUGUUAUUGUUUUAUAUUACCCCCCCCCCCUAUGAAUCAUAAUUUAAAUAAAUAGCUAAAUACAUUUUAAUGUGUGAUAAUUUAUUUUAAUAACACAAUUGUAGGAAAAACAUGUUAUUGCAACUUAAGCUUGUUAUUCAACAAGUUAAAAAGUUUUUACACUUAAAUUUUAUAAUGCAGAAUCAAUAAAAAGUAAAAGGUUGUUAAAGAUAAAUAUCAUUGUUUAUGGAAGUAGAAAUAUGAUUUUUGUCUGUAUAGCUGACAAUUGUAGCAUAGUUUCUAGCUGCUAUGAUCUUCCCAGGGAGUAACCAGGUGUUGGUCUAUUGUAACACUGGGCAUAGCAGCUGAUUUAUCAUUUUCAUCUUGCGGAUAUACCAGACAAGUCAACAUCAUCCUCAUCUAACCAUUCAGCACUUACAAAAGAAGAAUUGUCAGUGGUGUGAGCAAUAAUUGCCAUAAGCUCUCUCUGUCUCCUGGCAGCUGUUUGCAUUAGUCUAAUCCUUUUUUGUUGAGGAGCAGGUCGUAAUUUCUUAUGCAUUGUCGGUACUGUUGAACUUGCUAUUUCAACAUGACUUGUAAAGCAAAAAAGAUGUUAAAGAUGAUGCAAAUCCGUUCAAGCAGCAAUGUUAUUAGUGUUAAUCACUUUACUUUCCCUUAAUUCUCAAAAUAUCACAUUCGUACUCUAUCAAUACCAUUUAUCUUGACCGCACAUGACUCUUGAACCUUGUCUUUGUUCCAUACCUGCAACAUGACCGCAAACAUACCGCCGUAGUCAUUUGCGACAAAUAGAAUCUACAGUCGAAGAGAGGCCAACUUUUGACUUCACUUGAAUUAACUAAAUGUGCUAAUAUUGUGACCAGUCAUCAGCAGUGUACAGACAGACACAUUAAAUAAAUAUUAUAUUGUUAAAAGCUUAAAAGUUAUAUAACUAUUUUAAUUUAGACUCAUUAAAUUUUUAAAAUAAUGUAAUAACCAGUCAAUUUUUAAGAUUAAAAUUUUAAUAGAGAAUGAGAAAGCAUGAUUGUUGACAUCAACUAAUCUAAACCUCCCCCUCCCCCUUGUCAACAAUUUUCAAACAUUUCCAACCCCACAAACCCCUAUUUUGUCGACAGUUGACAUAAUGAAUGACCCCUUUAUGAAAAGAUUCGGUUUAAUAUCUUAUUAAAUAAUGAAUUUUUAAAUAGAAAAUACCAACAAAUAAAAUACUAAUUGAAAUGUCUUGCCUUGAUCAUCAAAGUUGGUAAACAUAAAAUAAUAGUAUUAAAUAGUCAUAGUUGAUGAGACCAAAACACAACAUAACUAUGAUUUAAAUCGCUGCAGUGACUUAAAGUAGAAUGUGCCUAGUAUUAUGUUGUUAAAGAAUUAAGAUUAGGAAUAUUUUUUUAAAAUAUACUUAAAAUAUUGUAUUUAUUCUGCGUUGUUGGGAAAGGUGAAGUUUAUAUUAUAUGAAAUUUAGAUGUCUAUGAAAUUUAAAUAUGUAAACAAAGGGCAGUUUUCCUGGGUUCUACAUUUAACUAUUGCAUCUACAUUUAAAGGACAUCAGCCUGGCAUACUUCUAGUCACUAGUUGAUUCAAAGUAAUAUUUCAGAGGGUAAUUUCCUGGUCUAGGUGCAAUAUUCAAAUGUUUGGACAGCAGAGUAGCACUGGAUUCUAUAUCUUGACAUAUUUAUUGUCAUAAUAAUCGAUAAACUUGAUUUCCAGAAUCUAUAUUGUAGCUCUAUAAUUGUGAAAAAUUAUUAUAAAAAUAUAAUUAAUUACGGUACCUAAAUUAUAUAAUAGGGAUAUUUGCAAUAGGGAUUUCAAUUUCAAAGAUAAUUGCAUAAAAAUUAAUUGGCAUCCAAUUAAUCAGCAUGAGCCUAUUUGCUAAUCAGUUCAAUCCUAAAUCAUUAACCUGGUCCAUGAUCAUAUCCUUAUCAAUAAUAAUUCAUAUUUUUAAUAUGGAAAUGGACUAAAUUUGCAUUUGUAUAUUACUUUAUAAUUAGGCUAAGUCCCUGAAUGCUUCAUUUAAAUUACCAUCAUAGUGGUGGAUGAUCCAAAUUAUUUAUAGGGCUAUAUAAAUGUUUGUAAAGUCCAUUAAAAUUUGAGAGUACAAGGGUUUGGAAUGUCUUCUCAUCACUGACAGAUCACCACUUGGCAUAUUAAUAAUGGUAUAAAAAAGGUAUGAUCUAAAUAAUAUGUAACAAGUCUAUUUAGAAUCUUUCAUUCUAUUGAGUUGUUACUCUGCCACAUAUCAAUGAGUUAUUCUUGAAGGACAUUCUUUUUUUUUUCUGAUAGGACAGAGUUUUUGCAGGUUUACGGUGAUCUGUAUAGUGAUGAUGUCAGUCUUCAAGAAAAGGCUAUCAAUAAAAUGGACAUGUGGAAAUCCAGGUAAACUAAAAAUUGGAGAUUUGAGGUAGAAACAAUUUUUUCAUUUGAAGAUAAGUUUUACAAAUUUUUGACUCACAAUGGAUAUACAGAGGCCAUUUAAUCUUAAGCUAUUAACUAUUUGCUGGAUUUUGUUUUUUUUAGUACUCUAGCGUUAAAUUUUUUUCAAAUAACCUCAUGAGAAUUUGUAACCAGAUUGAUAUUUAAUGUCAGUUGACUUAUAAAAAACGUUAUAAUUUACAUUUUAAUUUCUACUUUUAAAGGGCUGGAAGCAAGCUAUCAGUUGCUAUUGAAAGUUCUGCUAUGUUAAUGAAAGCCAGCAUGGAUCACAGCAAAGUGACAAGAGAUGGGAGUAUUUUACAACAGGAAACUCAACUCAGAUCACUUUAUGGCUUAGCACUUGUUAGGUAAUUUUUAAAUAGUUUUAAAAAAUGUCGAAGAAAAAAAAUUAGUAAAACGUAUUUGAAUCUAAAAUUUAAUUCAAAUAAAUGUUCUUCUUCUACAUAUUAAGGGCCCAAGAUCAAUAUCAUUCUAGCUCCUCUCUAUGUAUUUUAACUCAAGAUUAAUAUUCAAAGAAAAGAAAAGCAUACAAAAAAAAUUGAUUCUUUUCAGUAUUAUUUUACUAUUAAUUUUGAAAAGUCAGACUUUUCAUUUUUGCCUUUAAAAUUUAAACAUGACUGUUAACUUGUAAUCAAUGCCUAAAUUAAGGAAUUAUUAAUUUUUUUAAAUAAUCCUAUAAACCAAGAUUAUUAGAUUUCAAUAUAUUUAAUCAUGAUAUAAAAUAUUAGCAUACAUUUCUUCAAAGAAAUAUAUGUGCUAAAAGGAAAAACUAAUUUUGAACAUUCUAAAAUUCUUUCUUUAAAUUUUUUUUUGGUUACAAACCCUAAUAAAAUAUACAACAGACAAUUUAGCAUUUAAACUGUAGCCUUGUGACUGCCAUAAGGAGCCUUGUUUUGUUAUCUUCAUAAUUUACCUUUCAGGUUUGUAAACCAUGUUACAGAAAAAGGACAAACCAAAGCUACAGCACAACCAGUGCAUUUGAUUGCGCGGAAUGUAAGCAUUUAUUAGAAAAUGAAAUUUUGUGUGUCUUUUGAUUCUUAACUAUUAUUCAUCAAAAUAAUAUGGAACAUAAUUUUAAUGGAAUGUCUUUUAUAUAUAUAGUUCUCAUCUAGUGAACAAAGGCUGUGAAAUGCAAAUAAUGAAUUAUGAACAAAACUGUCAUUUCAGUUAGGAAUUCCUGAAUGGAUUGUCAGACUUCGUCAUGAUACUACUCAUUCUUCUCUGCCAAGUUUAGAUGUAUUGGCGACGGGUGCAAAAUGGGCUCUCAAUUAUCUCAGAGAGAACUUCUGGGAGUGUCAAACAAAUGAAGUUGUGCCUGAAGAAAAUGAAGGAAGCAUGAAAUCACCGAAAAUGUCUGCUAUAAGAAGAGCAUUUUAUGAUUUUCAAGAAAGUCGUUCUCAGGUGAAGAAUCUUGAUAUAUUAGCCCCUAUGCAAGUAAUCUUAUGUGUGAAUUUAAAAAUGUAAAAGCAAACUGCAGUUAUAUUUAAAUUAUUUCCAUACACUUGAUGAUUGAACAUUAAUAUUUAAUUUUUUUUUUUUGAUUAUGCAAAGUUCAAUAAAAUAGACUGCAUCAGAUAAACUAUUUAUGGGCUUUAUUUAUCUCAAUUUAUCUCAAUUUCAACUAUGAAUUUCCUGUUUAUAUUUGAGUGCCUUUUGCCAAUGACAUCUUAUAAAAGUAGUCUAUGAUACCCACCACAAUGCAAUAACAUUGGUCAAUUAACACUUUAUAUCCACAUUGCGCAUAGAGCAAAAAAAAAACAUCUAUCCACUUUACUCUUUCCCCCAGUACAGAGAAAAACAAUGCAGACAGUGUUACGUAUUGUGAUAUGAAUUUUUUAAGUUUAAGCUUUUUUAAGAUUGAGCUCAUUUAUUAAACAAUAUGUAACAAAGGACUGGAAAAAAGUAUACAAAGAAAUACAAUACCUAAUAUAGUGAUAUUAACUAUAUUCAAUUUAAUUCUACUAUUAAAUUUAAAUUUUACAAAUAUGAACAAAAUAAGACUUUGACUAAAUAUUUAAAAUUUGUGAUUUCUCUUUUUUGGGAAGGAUGUAAAGAUGUAAAAAUGUUAAAAUGUAUGUGCAGCUAAGCCUGGUUUACUCUUAGGAUUUUACCUACUAUUUUCUAUUUUGAGAUGUAUUUUAUGAUAGUACACCAAGACCUGUCAGAAAUACAAUUUGAAGAGACUGAGUGAAAAAAGUAAUACAUUCAAGUAUUUUGUUCUAGGUCUAAAUAUUUAAGCAUAAAAUAAGACUGCCACAUUUUUUUUGUAAUCAUGGUUUUGAUGAACUUGCUAGACAUAGUAACAGUAUAAAAAAAAAUUAGCCUAGUAAAAUUUUUAGUAAAUCCUCACUUUUGUUUGCUUCGGUGCUGUAUCAAGUUAUUUUGUGACAUUUUGUUCGGCUGAACUACCGUGAGUACAAAAACGGAAAGUUAGAAUGCAUUCUCAACUGUUCCUCACAGCAACAUUAGAUUUUGACUUAUUUUAUACGAUUCUAAUUGUAUUCGAAUGCACAAUUUUUAAUGCUAUUUUUAAAACCCUGGUUUGGUUUCACGUCCGCAAACAAAGUGACCACAGUGUGGACAGCAGUCAUCUAAUUUUUGGAAGUUAUCUUUUUGAUGUCAGCUUAACUGGAUCCCACUGGACACACGAUGCGUGUAGUUCAUGUAUAUGUAAUAAAUACUGUGUUUAUUUUAUUAUAAAGAUACUGUAUUGUAAGAUUUUCAGAUGAUAUAAGAAUUUAGGAGUUUGAUGGUAACAGGUCUGAGUUAAGUGGAAAUUAAUAAUGAAUUUUUCUUGUUGCCAAGUAAUAAACCCAUCAAUCGGCGUCAUGUGGAUAUAAAUGUUAUAAAUGGCUGUCAACAAUCGUGUGGAUAUUAAAUGUUAAGUGGGGCAAUUUAACUACCACACUUCAUACUGUUAAAUUAAAACAUCAUUGUAAGACUCGUUUAGACAAGAUUAUUUGUUCCCAGGAGAUAAAUGCUGACAGUAAAGACAAAGAGGCUGGAGACCAGUCGGAACCCUUGAAAGUUCUCCACAGCUACUUGAAUCAAAAUAGGUAAUAAAAACAAAACUUCUCAGACUUUCACCCAUGCCAUCAGGUGAACAUUCAUCGCUAUAGUAUAAAAUCUAAAUUUGAUCUCUGGUUAUCGAACACCAAUGACAUUUUGUUGGUGCAUUGAUUGUAUUCAUUGUUGAUGUUUUGUUAUUUCACCAGAUUAAAAUUUGCAAAAUGUUUGCUUGAAGAUGGAAUUCUAAUCUCAACGGAAGAACAGCUGACAGCUUUAGGGGUGACCAGUUCUGGUAAAAACAUUGUUAACAUUUGAUUUCAUAUUGACAAAUUAACACCAACAAAGUUUCUAUUUCUUAAUUUGGGGUAAGACUUCAAAAAAGAAUCUUGCAAUAUUACUAUUUUCAAGGAGUUGGUAUGACUUAUAUUAAUGGUGACAGAAUACUGCACAAUUUAUCCCUUUACAAUUAAGAUCUUAUAUAGCCACUAGUUAGCUUUGCAACAGUAAUUGAAAUAUAUUUCAAAGUACAACUACAGGGAGAACUGAAAUAGACAGAAGUAAAAAGCUGAAAAGAAUGCAUUGAAGAUGACUUUGAACACUAUUUCUUCUUAUCAGAUCUGCUUACCCAGUCUCCACCGACGGUACCUUUAGAAAUGGUAAUGGUAGAGUUUUGGCGACCAUUGUUUCAAAUGCUGCAUGCUAACAGUGAUCUCCCAUUUA